AUGAGACACUUUCAAAUCCAAUUUCCAAUCCUUUCCGUAUUUUUCGCGCUAGUUACUAUUUUAUCACAAAAUGAAGUCGAUUCUGCUGUCAUCAAGAAAAGGGCCUUGCCUCCAAUAAAUAAGAAUCCGGGUUCUUUCAAAGUAGUUGGAGAUUCAGGAAUAGCGGCUAUGCACAUCGUCUUAACUGCGCCAACAAAAAUCCUAAUCAUCGACAAAGUUGAAAAUAAUCCGAUCAAGCAAAGGGAUGGUCGUGUGGCCGUUUCUGUUGAAUAUGAUCUCGAGACAAAUAAGAAACGUGUGCUCAAUCUCAACACAAACACUUUCUGUUCUGCCGGAUCUUUCCUUGGUAACGGUACCUUAGUUCACACUGGUGGCGCGGAAAUUAAGCCCACAGAAAAAUUUCAAGAAGGUUUUGAAAGUCUCCGCUUAUUUGAGCCAUGUAGCAACGGUAAAUGCGAUUGGUUCGAAGAUCCGAAGGGUUUAACUUCCAAAAGAUGGUACCCAUCCAUGGUCACAGUAUUCAUCCUCGGUGGUGCAAUAAAAGCUGUUGCUGCUAACAACGAAGAAGCUAACAACCCCACUUUUGAAUUCUUUCCAAAAGAAAAAUCCAAGCCCGAACCGUUUCCAUUCCUUUUAGAGACUAUGCCAUUCAAUUUAUAUCCCAUAAUUCAUGUCUUGCCAGGUCCAGCAAAUCAAAAACGUCUUUUCGUUUUCGCAAAUACCGAUAGUAUCAUUUGGGAUUGGGGAACAAAGUCAAUUGUAAAGCGACUUGAUAGGCUUCCUGGCCCUCCAAGGUCGUACCCACUUACCGGUACUUCGGUCAUCCUGCCAUUAAGUCCAGAAGACGAUUAUGCACCAAGAAUACUCGUUUGCGGUGGUGUCGCAAAAAGAGACGUAAAACAACCAGCCGAUAAUAGUUGUGGUAGAAUCAACCUUGCUAAUAUCAAUAAUGCUAAAUGGGAAAGAGAAGAUUUUGGAGGUAUUGGAAGAAAUAUGCCAGAUGCUGUUAUUUUAGCAGAUGGAAAGACUUUAUUCUUGAACGGUGCUGGAAUAGGUGUGGCUGGUUACAAUAACAAUAAUAAACAAGCUGCCGAUAACCCAGUUCUUACCCCGGUUCUUUAUGAUCAUCGUGCUCCCAAAGGAAAAAGAUUUACCAGACUUACGUCCUCUAAAAUUCCCAGAUUAUAUCAUUCGGUCGCUACUUUGGUAACUGAUGGCAGAGUUUUUGUUACCGGAAGCAAUCCAAACUCAGUUGUCCGAACCAAGGAUACUAAAUACGUUACCGAUUUCCGCGUUGAAAUGUUCACGCCACCAUAUUUACAAAAGGGUAUCGAACGUGCCAUUAUCACAUCAGUAGCCGGUAAAACCAUAUUAAACAAGGGGGCGAUUCGAGUUAAAUACAAUAAUGUAGUUCCGGUAACCGUAAAAAUUAAUGAUCCGAAAGCGGUAUUCUCAGCAGCUCUCGUUCAUCACGGAUUUGUUACUCAUUCGAUUCACAUGUCACAAAGAUAUGUUGUUUGCACCGUUCAAGAUGUUGUUAAAAAACUCAAUGGGGUUGUCACUAUGAACGUCGUAAUGCCACCAAAUGGUAAUAUGAUUGCUCCCGGUCGUAAUUACCUUUAUAUUAACAAUAAAGGUGUACCCGGAAUAGCUGCUAUUGAGGUUAUGAUUUCUAACUAG